AUGAGGGUGAGUGCUCAGAGCGGAGCGGGACAGCACGCUGAGGGGUGACCCCUCACUGACGACCCUUCGCCGUGCGUGACAGGGCAUGGUCAGCUCUGGAACUACGGCCUCAUCCACCGGGACGUGUCGUAUGGCAACGUAAAGGUCGACCGACACGGCGAUGGGAUCCUGAUCGACUACAAUCUGGCGGUGAAGAAGGCUCGAACGGUUGAAGAAACGUGUCGCCUCAGCCGCUCGAUACGUUCUCGCCUCCGCGCUAGCCCUCAACACGUUCAUGGUCUCACCUAACUCCUUCCCACCCUUCCCCUGUCCCAUGAUCAAUGACAGAGCACGCUACCCUAUAUCUCCCGAAUCUUGCUCAUCCCCGAAACCGAGAGUGUGGUACCCGAGCGCUGGCCCGACAUCGAAUGUGUUUUUUUUUUUUGUGGCGUCCCGCAGGGCUUUUCACACUCUCGGUUUUGGGGCAUGAGCGGGAGUCGAAAGAAGCAUGGUGGUGUACCCUGUCAUUGA